AUGCGUCCUACACCUGAAGUCGACAGUGCCGGCUCCUUGCAUAAGCAGGCGACUGUGUCAGAUACUCAAGCAGACUUAUACGACGACGAUGGCUGGGCGAACGAUCAUUACCCUGAUGCCGACACUCAGACGCUUGAAGACACGCUGGCUGCUCUGUACGGCAAUACGAGACCCAGUGAAGACAUGCCCGACCGUAUCAAUGCUGCAUCGCCUCUCGACGCUUCUGAUGAGAUCGCUGAGGCGACUCUGUCGACCGAGGCAGCGCGUACGAGCAAGACACGGCACAACUUGUCCUAUCAGGCGGCAGCAGACGAUGCCUGCAGUGCGUUUCCCGCCAAGCUGAGUCUGAGCGAUCUCGAGACAGAGCGAGCAAUUACCCGUAUUUCGCCGAACAUGUGGGCAAUUCGCGAGAUAGGCAAAAGAGACAAUUUCUACCAUCUGUGGGGUCUACCUGAUUCAGGCAAUAUUCAUUGGGGAUGCACCUGCAAGACCAACCGCGACUCGGACCAUUGCGACCACGUCGAGAUUGCACACAACAAUACUCAAAGCUUCAUGCAGUUGCAAGCUGCGGACGCGGAAUGUGUCGAGUACGGGCGCGUGCCGCAAGCUGCUUUGCUGGAGAUAAGCAACGAAUCAACAGAUCACUGCACGUUCUGGCUGUCAGUCGUACGAAGUGCUGACACAAUGCAAGAAUCUGCCAACAAGCGAGUAUUCGUCAAGCUCGUCUAUCCAGACGCAACAAGCUGGCCUUACGGUACCUGCUCGAUCUGCGCCCGCAGUCGUAGCUGGUGUGCUCAUCGCGAGCUUGCUCAAAUACAUAUCGUUCACGCACUGGGAUACGUAGAGCCUGAGAGGCUCAGACCGCCAACAGAAAGCUGCAAGGCGAGAGAUACCCACACGAUCGCACUCGCUCGAGCGACGUCAUCGCAGGCUCUCAGGCGCACGAGAAUAGAGUCCAAUAUGCCUAGAGAUGCUCCUCUGUGGGCAAAGCAUGACAGCGACCCUGUGCGAGCGGUGCGCACGCCAGAGCCAAUCUAUUGGCAGACAGAAGAAGAUCCGCUGCGUGUUCUGCCCCUGGACUAUCAUGCAGCAUGCAGCUGUGGUUACAGACCACAGGAUGGUGCCGAGGUAAGAUACUCGAAAGGUGUGGUCUACGAUCUCACGACAUGCUGGGAAGUCCGAAUUCAGCUCGCACAAUGCCGCAACGAUCGCUGCUUGCGAGCAACGCCGAGACAGUCGGGAUCAAGGCUACAGCAUCGACCUUUCUGGAUUACAGGCGAUUACAAGGAGCUGGGACUUAUCUCGGCUGGCGAGGGCCGUAUCUUCACUCAUCAGCUCUUGGACAGCUACGCUGCUCACAUGGUCUCUGUCGCGACGCCUUUCAGCGCAUUCCACAAGGCAGUCUCUUUCCAAUACAUGUCCUCGAAGGCACCCUUCCUCUUUGUCUCGCCUAGCGUCUUCGCAGGAGUCUAUCGAUCCUACAUGGCUUUGAGCGACGUGACGCGUAACCUACGUGUGAUGCAAUGUCCGAAAUGCCUUGACAACCCAGAUGCGGUCAUCAUCGACGGCUACGCCGCUGGUUAUAACAAAACGAGUCAGACUGGCAGUCUGCAGCCGCCAACACGCACUGAUCCUGGAAAAGACUAUCCCGAUGUGAGGCCCCCACGCAGGGGCCUCAACUACAUCAACGAGUACAGCCUUCGUCUCAAACUGCAGAAGGCGUUGCACGUGGACAUCAAAUCGAAAGAUAGAGACUCGCGCACCCCUGCGGAAUUCUGUCAAGACCUGCAAGCAGCAGCCUGCGUGAUCACUGAUCAAGACGUCACGCGUCGACGCCAUCAAGAACAGGAGGCCUUGGGCCAAAGCCUUGAUCGAUUACGAGCAUAUCUACAGUAUCUGGCGAGCAAAGACGAGGCUUUCUGGCAGAAGCGAGUCAUGCCAUAUAGAGAGCUGCUUCGGCAGCUUCUCGCAGCCGAGUCUAUCCUCGGCUUCUGUCAAAUUGAGGCAGCGAAGAGUCUGGAGCACUGGAGCAUGCUAGCCAUGUCACGCCGUGCGGAUCUAUCCCAAGCGGAAGCGACCAAGCUCAAAGCUCGGCUGGCUGACGAGGAGGGCAAGUUUGCCAAAUUCUGCCCGGCCUUGGGCAUUACUUGCGCGGCAUAUACGGCAACCGGCGUAUCGUUGCCGGCCUUCGAGUGGCUCGUUUUCGAUAUCGCCAGACGAGUGCAAGCAAGCUACGAUCUGCUCUUCACGCACACAACGGCUCCCGCAGAGCCUGAUCGCUUUGGAGCGCCGCACUUGAGCACGACAGGAUCAGUCUAUCAAUAUCAGUAUCGUUCUCGGCCGAGCUACAGCUGCCUGCGCUUCGAUCAGCGAAAGGACGGCUCCAAAAAGGGGACUACGACAGGUUCCGCAGCGCAACCUGUCGACGACGAACGUCUCCGUUCAGAGCUAGAAGGUCAAUCAUCGGGUGCAGAGCAAUCAGAUUACGGCGAGCUAGGCGCACCGGACGAAGCGGAGGAGCCCAUAGACGCCCAUGAUGCGCCGUUGGAGAGUCAAUGCCAGAAAUUCUAUGACGAUUACAAGAAAGCGGGUCUCACGGGCGGCAUGCUUCUGAUCUGGUGCACUCAUCUCGUGUGCUACGGCUUUCAUUUCUUCGAGUCGUCAGAAGGCCGAAACGACAUUUUCAGCGCACUCUAUUGUCACUUCGAACGCGCGCCCAAAGUCGUCAUCUACGAUUACGCAUGCGCACUGGGGCCGUACUGUAUGCAGCGCGAACCAGAGUACUUCAAGGACACUCUCUUCCUGAUAGACGAGAUGCACUCAAAAUCACACACCAAGUGCACCUCCAGCGCAUUCUCUGGCGCAUACAUGAACACCCAUCACAGCAUCAGGAGGACACAGACGAGCGCAGCCGAAGUGGCGAAUGCUUGCCUGAAGCGAAUUCGGGUUUCGCUGGCGUAUUCCAGCGAACGCAAUGCAAUAGCCUUGGCGAAAACUUUUGUUCUGAUCUGGAACCGGACACGCAUCAAUAGAGAGCUUGCCAAGAUGGGACUCAAACAAUCAGACUCGGCCAGCAGUCCCGUCAAAUUCGUCAAGACGACGAUUCGUGGUAUCACCGGCACCUUCAGGAGAGAUUCGAACGACGCCCCGUCUGAGACUGCAGAGGAAGCCGCCAUCCUUGCUACCGAUAUACAAAACGACGGAUUCCCGCAAGAGACGAUGCAGACAGACGGAGCCUCGAUCGAGCCAGAUGCAGCGACAGAGGAGGCAGCAAGCGAUGGAGACGAUGACUCCGAGGCAGAAGCGAUGCUGGCGGUGGAGCUGCGCCCCUUCGAGACGUACUAG